AGUGAUAUGUUUGAACGAUAUCUAUCGGCACUUCAGUAUCCUCGCGUAGGACAGCUCAACAUUGAUGAUCCGAAAGAUUUCCGUGGCUUCGUACUAUGGCUGGAGGAUCAGAAGAUACGCUUCCUGCCGAUCGAUGGUCGGGAACCGUUGAGAAAAAUUAACUCACCCGACGAAUGGAAUCGAGCAUACGAAAAAUACAAGCAAGACAUACGGUUACCAUCGCAUCUGAAAACAAAGCACGAGCAAAUAACAUGGCUGCUACUGUACGCAAUCCGGCUCGAGUACACCGACAAUGUGGACCAGUAUCGUGCCCUCACAGGCACAAAGAAAUUGGACGAGGAAGCGAAACGAUCCAGCGUACCGGAAGUGCAAUCCACCAAUCCGUUCGAUGAGUUUGACUUUACCAAUGCUGACUUUGAGGAUGGAUCGUGGAAGCUGGCAGAACGACUCGGGAUCGCAUACCAUCCGGACCACCUGGUGUCACUGCAGGCAGCCGCCAAAGUGAUCAGCAGUGCGUACAAUAAGGAAGCGCUCAAGGAACGGGUCAUUACGGGGCAACCGUUUCCGAUCGAGCAGGGCAGCGGGAUGGGACUCGAGACGGACCAAGAGUUGGGACAGUGUGCAAGAAUAUUGCGCUUGCUGCAAAUUCAAAACAUUCGCCAACUGCAAACCACCAUCAAUGAAACGAUUGUGGCGGUGCAAAAUGUGACGGCGGACCCGCGGACCGAUACCAGCUUAGGGAAGGUGGGAAUGAAAUGA